AACCCUGUGUACGAACCCAGCCAAAAUCCGACAUUUUGUUUUUCAUCACCUUUUCGGAAGCGAGGCACAGAAAAUAUUAUACACACAUAAUUAAUCGAUUGAAGCCAUUGAAAGCAGCAGCAAGUGUAUUAGCAGCACAGGAAAAGUGAAAAUUUACAUAUUUGUCUAUAUAUAAAGUAAAAGUAAAUUAAGUGAAAAUGGGCGAUCAAAGAGGUACACGCGUCUACGUCGGUAAUUUGACCGAUAAAGUAAAGAAAGACGACUUAGAAGGAGAAUUCACCAAAUACGGCAAGUUAAAUUCUGUAUGGAUUGCUUUCAAUCCACCAGGCUUCGCAUUCGUGGAAUUUGAACAUCGUGAUGACGCAGAAAAAGCAUGCGAUGUACUUAAUGGUACAGAAUUGCUGGGCUCCCAAUUACGUGUAGAAAUCUCCAAGGGGCGGCCACGUCAAGGUCGCCGUGGUAUGGGCGAUCGUGGUCGACGGGACUUCGGCCGCCGUAGUAAUAGUGGUGGAGGUGGCGGCGGGUACCGCCAACGUGGCUCUGGAGGCGGCGGCGGUGGUCGUUACCAUGACCGCGGCUACUCCGGUGGCGGUGGCGGCCGUCAAAGCGGUGGUUACAGCAGCCGUGAUGGCGGCAGUAGUGGCUUCAAUCGUCGCGACGUUUACGGUAGCAGCAGCGGAGGACGAGAUAGUGGACGCUCAUUCGGCGGUGGUGGUGGCUACGGCAGCGGAAGUGGCGGACGUAGUGGUGGCAGCAGCCAAGGUGGAGGACGCUUCAGAUCGCGUUCACCAGUGGGACAUCGCUUCUAAACUUCUAAGCAACGCGCUAAUACGAGAACAAGUAAUAUGAAUAAUAUUGUGUUUGUAAGAGAAGGUAGCAUGAAGUGAUUGUUGGAACUCGCGUGUGUGUAGGACCAACAGCGCAUAUUUUAAAAAUUUAUAGGAGAUUAUUACUAGUACGCAGUAGUUUGAGAGUAUUUGAGAAAUGCAGAAUUUGCAAUUCGUUUUAGAAAUGUAAGGGAUAUCGAAAUACAAACCAAACACCAUGUGUUUGAAAAACAACAAAAAAAGAAGAAAAAAAAAUUAUAAAACAUUAAUUGGUUUAAGUAAAUGUAGAGCAAGCAGACAUCAUGCGACCGUAGAAGAACACGAUGAUGAAGAUUAAUAAUGAUGAUAUGAUGAUGAUGAUGAUAAUAUGUAGAAAAUGUCUACCGCUAACCAAAUUUAACGCUAUAUAUAAGCUAAUUCGAGACCAGUUACUACGCAAGCAAAAGAAAAAAUAUCAUAACAUUUGAAAUAAAUUAUCUUCAAUAUCUAUGUAUACUUAACAGUAUUCGUAACAUUAUCUGGAUGUAUUGAUUUUUCUUCGAAUUUUCGUUUAUAAAACUUUAUGUUCAUUUUUCGCUAAUCUUAUCUACACAAACAUAUUUCAACUACGACAUAUACGACGUUAUUUAUUCUACACUUCCAGCCUUAAAUCCACGCCUUUACACGCUCGCUCGCGUAUAUGCAUUAUCCAAGUUCCAACUCCUCGCAACUCCGAAUUGGCUUCGUUUUAUGUUCAAACUCGGCCGUCUCAAGAUGAAGUAUAAAGCAGACUUCGAAAAUUUCAUUACAACAGCGCCUAACGCGUUUCUUAUGAAUACCGCGGAACUCAUGUUACAUACCCUCCGAUUUAAGAAAAACAAAUUUCAAUCGUACUUCGUUUGUAUUUUACGUACGCUCACGAAACAAGUUUUCCAAAACUUCCAACAUUUUUAAACUCAGUCCUCCGCCUUUUUAUUAUUUUCGUUUGCCACCAUUGCGUCGCACAUUUCCGCUUUUCAUAUUCAUCGCACAAUAUUUCGCAAAUCAAUCCAGUUAUCAGCCAAACUGAAAAGUCGUAUCGUAUCAUUCGAAACCGAACGCGUCCAACUAUCUUCUAUCUAUCUCCGUCUGCGCUUCCGUAAAAGAAAUUCACAUACUUCGCAUACCAAAUUGAAAAAUUGAUGAUAUGCUUCGUACUUGUCCAUGGAUUAAAUCCCCUCCUCAACCCAAACCGACUAUCGGUCGUACCCUUUGUGAAUGCUUAAUGCUAUUAUCAUGUAACGCCUCGUCAAUAUGCAUUUACAAUAAUAAUGGGUACAUACAAAAAUGAUCGGAAGUACCCUAAAGAGUCGGUGGGGUAAAUGCGCUUAAUAUAAGUAAGUGGGAAAAGCUCCCGCUUACAACCUCAAAUGCACUGUAAGCUUACACAAUUAACGCGACAGGACUGAUGGACUAUUAACUACUACUAAUUUUUUUUUUUUCAUAUUUGUUUUUUUUUUUUUUCGCUGACUGACUACAAACACUCCUACUACUAACUCUUGACUUCAUUUCCAAAGUCUUAUGGUUUCAUCGAUAUCAGUAAGUAUGAUUUAGCAUUGUAAGGGGCUUAUGGUUGGGUUUUUAAUGUGAUGAAAAUUUUCAAUAUUAUUGCAACGAUGCAACUGACCAUUAUGAAAAGUUUUAUAUUUGUAUUUCAAACACUAAAGGUGUUGAUUCUAUCAUCUUCAAAGCUUUGGCUACAGAUAAAUUUCGAAUUUAUUAAUUAACUUCAUUCAUCAGUUUCAUACUUAAAUAUUAAAUACAAAUGGUUAGCAAUAUGAAUAACUAAAUUAUACUAAGUAAUUCAGUUCACAAUUAUGUUAAAAUAAAUGCAAUAUAUAACUAAUCU